AUGCUUCCACUGACAGUAUACGUUCCUCUCGCUGUUGUGCUGUACGCCGGCUUGCGUCUCAUGUUGCGCGUCCUUCGCCCGCCUUUCGCCAACCUCCCUGGGCCAUCGGCCCAGUCCUUCUUCGCGGGAAACUUGAUUCAACUCUUCGAGCCGAACGCUUGGGGCUUCCACAAACAUCUCAUCGAGACUUACGGUCCCGUAGCCCGUCUCUCCGGUUUGGCUGGUCGUCCUGUCUUGCACGUCUGCGACCCAAAGGCACUGCAAAGUAUCCUUGUCAAGGACUCGGAGAAGUUCCUCAGGAGCCCAGAGAGUCGCGCCACCGCAUCUGUGGUGGUUGGUCCGGGUCUCUUUCAAACUUCGGGCGAUCGUCACAAGCGGCAGCGCAAGAUGCUCAUGCCCGUGUUCUCGGGAGCCCACAUGCGCGACUUGACGCCUAUGUUCAUCGAGGUGACUGACAGGCUCAAGCUCGCUAUUGAGACUCGCAUUCGUGAUGGGACCAUGUCAUUUGAUGUUAAUAGUUGGCUUGCGCGUACCGCUCUGGAGCUCGUCGGACAAGGUGGCUUGGGUACAUCUCUUGACCCGCUGACAAAGGAUACCUCCACUCCCUGGACGGAUGCAGUGAAAGGUCUCAGUACGGCAGGCUCCAAAAUGAGACAUCUCCGUGGGCUUCUUCCGUAUAUCCUGCCCUUGGGACCGGCGUGGCUUCGAGGUUAUCUCGUCGACUUCGUCCCGCUGAAGGCGCUCCACGACGCCAAGGCGCAUAUUUACGCCGUUCACGGCGGAUGCGUAGACUUGUUGGAUUCAAAGCGGGCAGCACUCCAGAGAGGUGACGAGGAGACGGUGAGGCUCAUGGGCGAAGGAAAGGAUGUUAUGAGUCUGCUGCUGAAGGCGAACAUGCUCGCUUCCGAGGAAGACAGACUCCCGGAAGACGAACUGCUUGCACAGAUGGGCACGUUCAUCAUCGCGGGGAGCGACACGACCUCGAAUGCGCUCUCGCGCACUCUGCAGCUCCUUAGCGACCAUCCAGAUGUGCAGGACAAGUUGCGCGUGGAGCUGCGCCAGGCGUACGAGAUGUUCGGCACCGGGAUCUCAUACGACGAAAUCAACAAACUCGACUACUUGGACGCUGUCUGCCGCGAGACCUUACGCCUCCACCCUCCUGUUGCGUUCGCCUCCAGAGAGUCCGUUUCGGAUGCCGUCAUCCCGCUUUCUGAGCCCGUCCGCGGCAAAGACGGGAGUUCCAUCACGGAAAUACCGGUCCCGAAGGGCACCUCUCUCUUCCUCAACCUCGCAGCGUGCAACGAGGCGAAGGCGCUCUGGGGUGAGGACGCGGAGGAGUGGAAGCCGGAGCGCUGGCUCAAGCCCUUGCCGCGUGCGGUUGAGGAAGCGCGUAUUCCGGGGAUCUACUCCAAUCUGAUGACGUUCCUCGCUGGGAGCUACUCCUGCAUUGGUUUCAAGUUCUCGCAGCUUGAAAUGAAGGUCGUCCUCUACCUUCUCGUCUCGGCGUUCACCUUCAAGCGCGGCGAGACCCCGAUCUUCUGGAGCUUCGCCGGAAUCGCAUAUCCCACCACAGGCAAGAAGGGCGAUAAGCCGCAGCUGUGGCUCGACAUCUCCUUGGCCCCAUCAUGA